GCCUCUUGUUGUUUGCCGUUAACGCGAAAACCCCGAGGCUAAAUGUCUCUAAUGUCAUCCCAGGGGGCACUCCCUUAAAUUUUGGUUAGGUGUGUGCCGCGAAAGGUCUUAAACCCUGGUCCUGUUUAAGGAUGAAGAAAACGCAAAUCGAUGCCCUAUUUAAGGCAUUGAAACCCGAAAAAUGGCACCCUGUUCAAGGGAAUAACAAAAACUAAGAAUGGCGUGAACGGGUCAACUUAAUUUCGUUUCUAAACAUGCAUUGCGGGUUAAGUAUCAAGCAUAGAAUUUGUUUUUUGUUUAGCUAGGCAUUGACGCACUGGAAUUUUAGAUGAUACAAUUUAGGUACCCUAUCUAAGAAUCACACCUACUGUAUUUAAGGAUCGGGAACCUCAAAAACCAUACCCUAUCUCCGCUGCACAUACCUAUAUGGUCAAUAUAUGGGAGUACGCCCCCCCCCCCGGAACGUCAUACACCGAUUCUAUGGUUCAUGCAGCUGAAGCUGUGAUCAUGAAAGCCCCCCCCCCCCCCAGGGUAUACGUAAUAAUUAAUUUCAAGGGAACAAGGGAUGUUUUUGGAUCAUUUUGUGGGGAGCAAUGGAAUUUACUAAUGGGGAACAGAGGAGAAAAUGGUGAAGGGAUUAACCCACGGCUUUUUUCUUUAACAUUUUGCACAUUUUCAGCUUGUAUACGAGCCAAAUUGGCUGCAAGCUGCUCAAAAAGGCAUUUGCAACAUGAUGUCAUGCCUUCCUUUCCACUAGAAUCGCGCACUCUCGUACCCAACGUCUUCGUUCCCUUUGACCAGCAAUUGCUCGUUUUGUCAAGCCAGCAUGCGCAGUAUGGAACGAAGACUCGAGGUACGAGAUUGGGUACGAGAUUGUAUCAUCGCGUUUUACAACAUUUUUGCUCAGGCAUGCGCAGAAAUCAAAAUUUCGACGAGAAAGUGACCUACUGUAUGCCAUUAGACUUUUCGUUUUUUUAAAAUUUUUUUGCUCACCUUUCCUUUUCGUCCUUUUCUUACCUUUUUGCUGUAGUGAUUGACCUACUCGGCUUGCUUUCGGUUCAAAAGUUCCCGAGAAAGCAUUAUCGAGACGGGCAAUGCUUACCAUGGAGUAGCCAAGUCACUCAAGUGUAGUCGAAAGAAAUUUUGCUCCGAGCUUUUCACUCAAAUUUCUGAGCAUUUUUGUGCAUAUUUUAGGCUCCAUUGACCCGAUCACUCUGAUCUGGGUAUCAUUGGAAUUAUUUUUUCCUGCUGCAGAAUGCCAAUUUUGGUCAAAGUUGACGUCAGAAGUGGAACAAAGGCAUGGCCGACGCUGGCAACCUCAUUCCCAGGCUCUCUCUCCUCUGUCUCCCUUGUUCGUUGGGAGAAGGCAGAGGACAGAGAGCCUGGCAAUGAGGUUGCAACGCUCCAUUCUCGUCCCCAUGGCCCUUUUCGCUUCUCUUAACCGGCAGGGCCUUGACACGAGAAUCGCGUGCCAAGGUCCUGCCGGCUAAGAGGAGGAAAAGGAGUAUGGGGACGGGAAUGGCAACGCUUGCGACGGUCAGCAUGGGUGUCAAUAUAGGAGCCGACAAUGAUUCAGAGAAAUCCUAGUUCAAGAAUUAGCCAGCCAAUCAAAUCAUGAGUCUCCAGAGCGAUCAUUUACUCCGGAUAAGGCCCCACCGGCUAAGAGGGACAGACGGCUCUGGGACGAGAAUGAGACGUCAAGAACGAAAUGCAAAAAUUCUUCGCAAAUUAAAUGUUUCGAAUACCUUUGAAAGAAAAUCUAAUAGAGCGAACAGUGGUAAAUCAAAUCACAAACCGAUUAACUAGUGGAUAGCAAAUAUUAAAUUCUUUCUAUAUAUGCGGUUUAUAAAGCUUUAUUUUUCUGUGACUUUUGGCUUCGGAAAUUGCGCGGGCUCUAGGGACGAGUUUUGGCGGGAAAGACGGCGAGAAUGAGCGGGAAUAUAUUACGCGCGCGCAAUGUGUUUUUCCACUGGAAUUUUACUGAACUGUCAGUUAUCAAAUAAAAGCAGUUAUGACCGGUUAAGUGGGAUCAGAGCGUGUCUUUAAUGGUACAACUGUGGUCCACGCUUUUCUUCUUCUACAAAAUGUCGUCUGCUAUUUUGUUUACCAAGAUAUUAGUGUUGCUGAUGAAUGUUAUGGCAGUGGAGGACUUGCAAAAACAAGGAUUACAUUGCAACUGGGUUUGUGAUGUCAAGAAGGAAGAUGUAGGACGUCGCGAACAAAUUGGUGUGAAUUUCAAGUUCAGAAAACGAGUGCACGCAAACUGUACAGACGACGCAACUGUUAACUCGUGGGACUUUAUCAGAGUUGGAAUUAUCGUAGCACCUGACGUUGACAAUCCAAGUGAGUUCAGUUUCUCAGAUUUCUUGACAUUAGGCAUCGAACAUGUCUCGCCACGUCAGUUUUUAUUUGGAAACGAAAACACGGACCUUGAAUCCAUCAACAGGAAUGUUUCUUGUCUCCUACAACCCAGGUCAAACGAAACUGGGAGAGUUAACGGGCUAGAUGCGCUCUACUCGCCCUUGUUUUACUUUAGGAACUUUGUCAGGAACUCCCAAAAGAUACCUUAUCUGGGCUAUGUUGAGAUAGGCGGGAGAUUCAAUCUUACUGCUGGUUUUAACAGUUCAACGUCGCCUGAAUACCGCCUGAAAUUCGUUCAGUCCGACUUGACUCGUGUCAGAAUUUUGAGUGUGUUGUUCUUGGUAUUGUUUUUAUUACGCAGCCCAUCCCUCUUAACGCUGUUUUGUUCAACCGUCAAAACAGUACAGAUUGAACGUCUCUCGCGUGCCACCAACGUUGAAGAAUCGGAGGAAGAUCUUUGCUCGGAAGCAACUCGUAGGGCUACCGAACAGGAAGAAUCGAUAAUUGAGUUAGUUACUUUACCAGCUGCAGCAAACCGAGAUGCUGGGAAGGAAAUUCUUUCAUCUCGUGUUGCCACAGAGCAUGGAGAAUUAAACGACAGUUUCUACCCUGGGACUAAUGAUGAUUUAGAGCUUGGCAGUUCCACAGCUGCAUCAGAGCACGAUGCUCUUCGGAUCAGCACGCGUCUCCCCAACCAGGAAAACAACAGCAGCGAUGAACAUUCCAAGAUGGUGGGCCUUCCCCGACCUACAGCGGGAGAAAAAAAUCCCCCAGCAUCUGUGCCAGAGUUCUCUCCGACUUAUUCUGUUGGUACCAGUGAUCAUAGAGCCAAUGGGAGUAGUUCUGCCAUGGAAGAAAUUGAGCGACUCGGAAACAAGCCGCAAACUGGUGUCCAGCACCAGAACAUUGAAAAUAGGAAAUUAGAUAGUGUUCAAGUGAUGGAUGUUGAAGCACCAGCCAGCCCAGUAGGCUUAAGAAGUUUCAUUGCCAAUAAGGUGUUCUCCAACAGCAAAAGUUUAAGCUUGCCUUAUAAGUUUGUGAAAUUUUUUAUUUUGAUAAUGUUUCCACCAUUUAUCCCUAUCUUGAUUGAUGUUUUUGUGCUUGCAAUACCAAGACUAUUUCCCAGAAUUGCAUCCAGCCUUCCCUCACCAUUCCUGAUUAAAUCUGUGGUUAUCUUCACGUAUGAGGUAUGCCCAGGCUUCAUGUAUUUUUGCCUUCUGUGUAAUAUCAUCAGAAUAGGUUGUUUCUGUUUUCUAUGGUCUGCAUCAAACUGGGUGCCAAGUUUUUUAUGUAGGAAACAUCUUGUGUGCUUUAUGCGUAACCAUUACUUGAGCCAACUUAUUUAUCCCAGUAAUUCUUGGUCUGCCUGUGAUGAAUGCAAGGAGGCACCAGAUCUUCCCAAGCAUUGCGAGAUUCCAGUUAACAUCAAAUGCAAUGAUGGCUGCAGUCUACUAGGAAUUGUCGAGAAAGACUGGAAAGAUGUGUCUCAGAAUUUUUAUCCAAAGUAUAUACGUGGACUUUUUUUGGGAAGUGAGGAUGAAAGUUCUUGCCCAGUGUUAAGGAAAUUAGUUUGUUUAAUCCUUGGUGGCCUAAUAUUCAUUCUUUUAGUUUUCCUGGAUAUUGUAGCUUCUCUUCCUAUUAUUUCACUGUGUUAUGGAAGAGUGUGGUUCACAAAGAACUGUUCUCAAAAUCGAUAUUGUCAGGCAGUUUGUCUUAUAGGUGAGUUUUUUGGCACCUGCUUUUCUGUUAUCUGGAUUGCGUAUUUUUUGUUCUGCAGUUUCUUAUCAAUGGUGUUAGCUGUGUCAAGUUUUUACAUUGCUGCAGUAAACUAUCCCCUGGAAAUUGGUUUUUAUUUGGCCAUUAAUAUCAUGGUUUGGCACAUCAUCUGGAGGUGUUACAGUUCCUUUACUGACAUCUAUGAAGAUGUUCUUAAAAAGCUGUUCAAUGCAUGCAGCGAAGAUCAUAAAAGUGAGUUUAACCAGUACAAAGAAGGGAAUAUACAAUAUAUUCCACAUAAACUUUUCACUUCUGCGUGUGAUAAGAUAAGACCUGUAGGAAACAGCGUGAAAAAGCUGUUUUUUCACUUAAAUGUUUGGCUAGUUGGUCUUUUCUUUUUAUUAUCUUUUACAAUGGGAAGUAGUGCAGAUAUACCCAUCAGUAAGGUUCUUGGAGGCACUGUCACAUUUUUAGUGGUAGUCCACCCAUCACUGUGGGAUUUCCUUCUAACCAGAGGUAAAAAGGAGGAACGUAAAGAUGCAGUGUUGAAGGAGAAAGUUAAAGGUCAUGUAGAUGCCUUUUUCAAGGGUAAACUAGAUUAAGAAAUGCAAAGGACUUUAAUGUUUGGAUCGAGUUGAAGACACACUUAAUUAAAGAACUGAGUGUCAAAAGUAAGACCUUAUUUUUAAACAAAUAAAGCUUGGGUGCUUGUAUCCAUACUGCAUUUUCAUAUGAGCUGGACUACAAUUCUCCCAAUUUUCAUGAUUUUUUAAAGGGUGGAGAUGUAAUCUCCAUUGAUUUCUCAACUUAACAUAAGCAUCCUACAGUUCUGUUACCUGUUAUUGCUUAAAUAGAUUAACAAAAAGGUGAUUGAGCAAACAAGUACAAAUUUUGUACACUUGAGACACUUGAAUGCGGUCUUGUGCAAACUUGGAAAUCUUUUGUCUGACCGCACCCACCCCCCUUAAAAAAUAGAAAUCACAUAUAAAUCAUGUGCAUAUAUCUUACCUAGCAGUAUCAAAGUCUCCUUAAAAGAUCAUGUUGAGUUUGUAAAAUCUGAAUACUUGUUUACAAACUAUCAAUAGUUGUGUAAAUUGUUAUUGUGAAUCCUAAUGGUGGGGCUCUUUGAGUGUCGAUGUUUUAAGAUAAAGAGAUAACCUUAUUGGUGAAUAAUAAAAGAGUGUUUUGUUUUUGCUGA